AGGUAUCCUUGCACUCGUUAUGGAGUCUGGAUUUAGCCACGUUUCUUGUAAACAAGCUACAUCUACAUUUUCUUUAAUCAGUAUUUCACGGAUUUCCUCUUUGUUAUUUUUAAAGCUUUGAAUAUUAGCUUGUAAUAUCUUGAAGAGGAGCAGUAUAGGUGCCAACUGUCGAAUGCUGCACUUUUUCAACUCCACUUGGACGCGUUUGUUUUGCUGUGCAAUUCGGCGCGUUGGUUCUGUUUAUAGUCUCAGGGUUGAAGUUGAGUUCUUCCGAUCGGAUAUCGAACCGAACACACAUCGUUUGAACUUGUUCGGAUUGUUUUGCCAAAAAGGUAUUCUGAUUUUUAUUUUUUAUUCAAAUCUCACAUAUUUUUUGGUAAUUUUCACUCUUAAAAACACGAAAUAAAAUUAAAAUUACCACUGCGGCCGAAUUGUCACUUUUGACGGCUGUGAACUGACAGUACCAUCGAGAUGACAGAAUUCAAAACUCAAGAUAAAAAAAUAUCGAACCACAGCACGAAGCACAUUUUCCGAAUCGGCUCCCGGGAACGUUGCGAUUUCAACCAACCAAACUCAACUAAAUACUAAUCGCUUCAUCGUGCAAGAAAAAGCUCCAAAAUACACCAAGUGCAAAGCAUCCGUGAUAGUGAACAUACAAAAGCUCUUUCGUCAAAAUGUCGUGGUUGUUUGGAUAUAAGAGCCAAGUUCCUCCGCAAGGCGGCGGUGAUGGAGGUCCGGAACCACCGGGACCGCCACCCUCAUCGGCCGGUAGCGCCGGUCAGGUGGCGGGUGAUGCAAACCUGACCAAAGCGGAGCGCAAAGCGAUGGAGGCGUACCGGUUCGAUUCGUCAGCGCUGGAAAGGGCGGCCGAAGCUGCCCGCACUCUGGAACGAUCGAAACAUGCUCGCGAAGCGCUGGAACUGUCGAAGCUCCAAGAGAAUACGCGCCAGCAAGAGUAUAUGGCCAAGGUGAAGGAAUAUGAAGCUCACAUCGAGUCAUCCAAGGUGGAGCAGAAGCGGGUGGAUCAUGAAGAGCGCCGGAAGACGCUGGCCGAGGAGACGAAACAGCAGCAACAGCGUGCUCAGUACCAGGAUCAGCUGGCCCGUAAACGGUACGAGGAGCAGCUGGCCCAGCAGCAGCGCGUGCAGGAAGAGAACCUACGCAAACAGGAAGAAAGUGUUGCGAAACAGGAAGCGAUGCGCCGGAAAACGAUCGAGCACGAGAUGGAACUGCGCGAGAAGAACAAGAUGAAACUGCUGGAGGCCGAACUGCGGGCAAAGGCCAAAGUGGACCGUGAAAAUCGCGACCUAACGCUGGAACAAAUUCGUCUGAAGGCGGAAGAAAAUCGAAUCACCGUAAUGGAGGGCAUUAAGACGGCUGGGUCCGUCCUGGGCCAGGGUGCGACCGCGUUGCUUACCGACUGGAACAAGGUGGUCACCACUGUCGGAGGUCUGUCGCUGCUAGCGCUCGGUGUUUACACGGCCAAAGGUGCCACUGGAGUGACGGCCCGCUACGUAGAGGCACGGAUAGGCAAACCAUCGUUGGUGAACGAAACAUCGCGAUUUUCGCUGCUGGAAGCACUCAAACAUCCCAUCGAUACUGUGAAACGGUUGAAGCACAAACCGACCGAAGCGCUGCAAGGUGUUGUGCUGCAGCCGAAGCUGGAGGAACGGUUGCGAGACAUCGCCAUCGCCACGAAAAACACCAAGAACAACAAGGGCCUGUAUCGGAACAUUCUCAUGCACGGACCGCCCGGAACGGGUAAGACCAUGUUUGCUAAACGACUGGCCACACACUCCGGCAUGGACUACGCCAUCAUGACCGGUGGUGAUGUCGGGCCGAUGGGCCGGGAUGCAGUGACGGCAAUCCACAAGGUGUUCGAUUGGGCCAACACGAGCAGGCGCGGGCUGCUGCUGUUUAUCGACGAAGCGGACGCUUUCCUGCGCAAACGUUCGUCCGAACAAAUAUCGGAGGAUAUGCGGUCGGCGUUGAAUGCGUUCCUGUAUCGUACGGGUGAGCAGAAUCCAAGGUUCAUGCUGGUGCUGGCCUCGAACACACCGGAACAGUUCGAUUACGCCAUCAACGAUCGGUUGGACGAGAUGGUGGAGUUUACCCUGCCCGGAAUAGAGGAACGGGAACGUUUGAUACGUUUGUACUUCGACAAGUUCGUACUGCAACCCGCCGCCGAGGGCAAGAAACGCUUCAAGGUGGAACAGUGGGACUACAGUGCAGUGUGUAGCAAAAUGGCCAAAAUGUGUGAAGGCAUGUCGGGUCGUGAAAUCUCCAAGCUUGGCGUAUCGUGGCAGGCAGCAUGUUACGCAUCGGAGGAAGGUAUCCUCACCGAGCAGAUGGUGCUGGAUCGGUGCGAAGCCGCCGCCCGGCAGCAUCGGCAGAAGAUGGCUUGGCUUUCGGAGCAGGAAAAACUCGACCACAAAUCCAUCACCGGUGGUAAGGGCUUCCUGACACAGUAACGCCGUUACCCAGGCUUACCAGAGUAAGUAGAAUUGGAUACGAUAGUCGGUGAUGGAUGGAUUGGAUGGCCGUUCCCGAGUAACGAUCCCAGGCCCGCUCAUUAAGUGCAAUCAAUGGCAAUGAGUAGUAGUUGUUGGGGUUUGUGAAACCGGAAAUAUGGAAAACGGCGGUGUUAGAGAGCAUCAGCACAUGGAAACCGCUCACAGCGUCAUACCAUCCAUCGCCGAUGGGCUUAUCGUUCGACUGCAGGAGAUUUAUAUUAAACUUCCUACGAACUAGCCCGACGCAAUCAAAAUCCACCACCCAGUUCGCACACGGAGUAAUGCAUUUUGAAAAGAACAGCUUUUAAUGAAAAGUGCAUGAUGUGGUCAGCAUCUUUCCCGGCAGCCCAACCGUUGCACGACUCCGCAUGUGUUCAUGUUCGAUAGUGAUAUAAGGUCCACAAUGUUCUAGCGGUAUAUACCGGUAAUGUUACGAACUACCGUACAAUUGCAAAUAUUGUCUGUUACGGAGCUAAAGUUAUUUGUUUUUUUUUUUUGGUUUUUUGUUUCCUUGAAACGGACGUUAGGGAAGGCAUUAGAAAUAGAAAUGCACAAUGAGCAUGAUUUAAAA